AUGAAAGUGUGUGCAGAAGCGGAGGAAGCCCCGGUGCGCCUCGUUUGUUUUUUCCUGCGCUCACAUCGUUAGUUUUUACUGCGGACGCACGCGACUGUCACAAUAUCAAAGCACCGAGGAAAGUUUACUCCAAGUCUCCGGGUGUGUGUGUGUGCGCGUGUGUGUUGGAUCUCAUGUGUGUGCUCAGUCUGUCUGUCUAAUAGUGACCCCCCAGCGCGGUGUUUAAAGGGAAGACAAGAGAGCUGAGUCAACGAAUCGCAGGCAGAAGGAUGCAACAGUUCAUGUGCGCAGCUUGCACUUUUCUUGCGAUUGGACGUAGUUGGAGGAUGUGGAGGAAAAGAUCGGGAACCCUCAUCUAUUAGACACAAUCCUGAGAUAAACAGGAAAGAUCGACGCGUGAAAAGCAUACUCUGUCCACUUGUUUCUCAGCCAAUAAUGGACAUUUAGACACUUUGGAGGGACUUCAUGCUCUGCUGGAAUGAAGUGGCAGUGGGGGUUCGGCGGUGAGUAGCAGUCUGAUCUGCACCCAACAUGCAUCGCAUUCUGCAGAGGAGGAGAGUGCGCAAGCUGCGGGUCUUCUGGACUUCUCUGGCCCUGGUGGCUCUGUCCCUGGCCGCCUGCAGCGCGCUGUUCACGGCGUGGACUUGGAGACAAACGCGGGACCUGUCUCAGUCCUUCAAGAUCCUGCAGGACCGAAUAGAGCAGGUUAACACACAGAGGAAGGCCAUUGUUCAGCUCAUUCUGGAGAAGAGAGAGCUGCUGGUCGGGCACAGAGUGAAAAGAAACGGGGGGGCGCUGCGAGGGAGGAAUGGAAAUGGAAAGAAAGCGGCGUCUCAUUUCGAGAUAACCAAAGUCUCCUCUCAGCAAGUGGGAGAAGGUGGUGUGAUAAAGGGUUGGGAAGAGAGGACCUUGAAUAUGACUAAAGCGGUGAAGUACAACAAGGAACUCGGCAUCUUCACUGUGGAGAAAGCUGGCGUCUACUUCCUGUUCUGCCAGGUGCUGUUCAACGAGCAGCAGUCUCAGUAUGUGAAGCUGGACGUGGUGACCAGCGGCCAGAGGCCUCAGAAGCUGCAGUGCAUCGAGGGCUACGGGACGACCCCCUCCGCCGGGCCCCACCCUUUCCACUUCCUGAAGCCGUGCCAGGUGUCCGGCCUGCUCCGAUUGGACAAGGGCACGGAGCUGCAGGCUAUCACAGGCUCUGCAUUCAGACUCCACUCUCUGGGCAAUCCCUCCGCCUCGCCUCACAUCUUCAGCAUCUUCAAAGUCAACUGAACUUUGGAUCUUGUUCAUACUAACUCAGAAGUCUUUGCACGGAUGACAUUUGGUCCGGGGCGUCCCAUCACGCCGCUGCCUCUUUCCAAAGACCGUCAUUUGAAAGACAAACAUUUGUGGAAGUUGUUCUGGAAUUUUUUCUCUUGACAGCUGUGCUGUUUUUCGAAUGCAAAACGCAGACUUUUGGAUUAAAACCAAAACCAGAAGAAGGUUGAAAUUCCUCAAUGCAAGUCUGCCGAGAGAACAGAUGUGAUGGAAGCCGAUCUGCCGAUUGAGCGCUUUAUAUAAACAGAAAAAACAAGAUGUUCUUCGUAGCCUUUGUAUCAAUUAAUUAAUUGUGCUUUUUUUUUUAUAAGACUGACAGUAAAGCUGUGCAUGCACCUUCCACUUUUAUAUCACCGGUGCCUCAGGAAGCUGAGCGCACGUCUGAGUCGGAUCUCGACACUAUAAGUUGUCAACGGUAUUUUAUACAAAGCAGCGUCUGUGUGUGAAAUCUAAUUAAUCAAACAAGUAUACUGAUUUUAUGACUUUAACAAUGCAAUGUGUGUUCUUGAAAUACUUUGUAUAUACUUCACUCAUAUUUUACUUGUUUUGAAUAACGUGGAUGUGAAUUUGUGCUCUUUUCUAAAGGUCAAAUCUGAUUGUAAGGUAUUUGUGUGUAUAGCGUUGGCUUGACUUUUUGAAAGUACUUUUAGUAAGCAAAGCAUACAGGUUUAAAUGACAUUUAACUGCCUUUGUUAUCUGUUUGAUGGUGCAAUAACCAUGUCUUGCAAAUCAUCAGAUAAUUGUUGAUUUACCCUUAAAAGUCAGUGAUUCAAAAGUAUUGGAAAGGCCCUCAUAUGGCCAAGUAAAAGUAAAUAAGACAAAUAAAACAUUUAUUUUAAAGGAC